AUGAUUGAAGACGAGGAUUCCACCUUUAGAAUUAUUGUGAUAUUACUCAACUCAUUGUCUCUCACAUUUACUAUUCUUAUAUUACUGUUCAUUUGCAGAAUAAAACAACUUCAUGAAAGACAAGGUCACACUAUUCAAAUUGUACUCAUUUUAGAAUGCAUGUACUCAUUUUUCUUAAUUCUUUCACAAUUUUAUUUUGAUUAACCUGAUGUGUAUGAAACAACAUUUUUAGUGAACACUAAUGGCAAAGGUUGUCAUGCUAUUGGUAUACUAAAUGUAUUUACAUCUUUUGCUUAUUUUACAAAUAUCAAUCUCUAUUCCUUAGAAUCAUUAGGUAUUUUAAGUGCUAGAUUCACUAAAAAUUACAAAUUAAGACAUUUGGCUGUUGUGUCAGCUUCUACAUUUUUUGCACUUUUAGCUUUAUUAUCUAAUGCCAUAGGAUUCAAUUAAUUUGGAAUGUGUUCCCUACUUUCUGAAGGUUUAUUUACAGUAUUCUUACUAAUAUUAACAUCUGUCACCUUUAUUAUAAUAGUUUGGACUUGUACAUAAAUUCAUCGAUUAAGAAAAGUCUUAGGCAAAGAUUUGACAUCCCAAAUUUAAGACAAAAUGUAUAAGGUGAAUUUGGUUUACAUUAUUACUUUCUUGAUCAUUAGAAUAUUACCAGUAUCAUUUUUUAUAUGAUAAUAUAGGUAUUGAUCUUGACUAUCAUAACUUUGGCAGAUACUAAUAAUGAAACAUAUUCAGAUGCUUUCUAUGCAUUGGCUGUUCCAAUGUCAUUAGGAGGAGUAUGUUUGAGUUUAAUCAGAUCUUAGGAACCAACUAUUUAAGAUUAUUUUAAUAAGAAACUGCAAAGAUAAAAAUCUUCUAUUGUUGAACUUUCAAUACCAAAAGUAGAAGUUAGAGCUUUGAGUAAUUCCAAUUCGAAUUUAAGCACAGAUUCCUAAAUUAUCAAAACUCAUUAUCUCUCUUAUCUUCAAGGAACAACAAGGGAUAAUAGUGUAGCCUAUCGAAAAACAUGUUUGGACAAUGAAGAAUUGUAUAAAAUUAGAAUUAUUCUUUUAAGGGUUGCAAAGUUAACAUCUCAAAUGGAAAAUAAUCAAAUUAAGUUGAAAUUGAAAGAAUUCCUAUUUGUAUUCAAAAUAAUCAGAGAAAUGAAUAUUGAUGUGAUAAUACCAACAAUUACUACAAAUUUAACACAUUAUCACAUGAAACAUAUGAGAUAGAGAAUCUUCUAUUUUGAUAAUGAUGCUUCCUUUAAUGCAUCAGAGAUAAUUUGUACAAGCUAUUCAGAGUCAGUUUUCUUAUAAAUUUAAUCAAUUGAUUCAUUAAUGAAAUCAUUUGAUGAAGAAUCAAAUAAAGUUUUUAUUGAAUCAUUGUAGAAUUCAAGAAUAAAAUUUUAAACUAAUAUACUAACUACAUAUGAUGGAGAAGUACUUAUCUCCAUUAUUAAUAAUUAAGCCAAGAGAUAUUUAACAAGACAUUUAUUAUCAGCUAUUUACAAUUUAAAUAUCUAAGCCUAAAGAUCCUUUAUCCCUCCCAUGAUAGGACUCUACUCUAUUGUUGAUGAAAUUAAUCAAUACACAAUCCUUGUUGAGAGAAACUUGUUAAACUUGAUCAUGUUGGAGCAAUAAGGUUUUAAAAUCUAAGGUUUUUUCACAUAUUAGGUUGGCUAAGUUGAUGAAGAAAUAAAAGGUGGACAUGAUAUUUAUACUAAAAUCAAAAUGAAUCCAAAAGUCAAAUAAGAAUUUCUCAACACUCUAAAUCAAGAUCUUUCAAUCCUAAGAGAUCAGUUUUUGUGGGGAUAUUCCUUUAAUGUCAUUUAUUUGGAAGCUGAGUAGAGAUUCAACACACUUCCUUGUAUGUACAAGACUCGUAAUGGGUAUGUCAUUGCAAGUUUAGGAGGAGUUUUAGAUUAAUUCUGGAUAUCCCAUAAUGAAGCAUCUGCCCAUCCAGAACUGUAUGCAUCGUAAUUAGCUUAAUAAAUUGAUUUAUUAUUAUGA